UCUACGUGGCUGGAGAGCUAAGCUAGUUAAAAAGAAAUCCAAUGACUGCAAUGUGCAGCUUUUAGUCUUUACAAUUCAGUACAGCAAACGAACUGGAAGAGACAGUGGGACAGCUCGGCAGCAGAUUUAAGUUUAAAAGAAAAUUAAGGACUGUACAAUUUUCUUUUUUUUUUUUUUCCUGGUUUAAAAUUGAGUUGAGCAAUGGAACAUUGCAAAAGGCAUUCUACAGCAUCCCAAGUCAGCUUCCAAGGGCAAUUGCUGGGAGUACUGCUGGCACUACUCUUUGAAGCAGAGAGGAUCCUUGCACCUGCGUAGCGUACUGGGCCUUACCUCUAUACCAAGAUCGAUCAAUGCUGCUGUUUCUGGAUUUACUAGGAGACGUUUUGCCAGGUGGUUUGACUACUCAUUUUUUACAGUACAGUAAGAUGAUGCUACAUAAUACUUGGGGAUGGAUGAUUAACACUAGAGCUCUUUAACUGUAAAGGACUUCACAGAACUACAGAGGUAGGUGCUUAAAAUAAGUGUUCCCCACCACCCCCCACCCCUUUCCAUCAAUUCAAUCCUUUCUCUCGCUCACACUCUCUUGCUCAGAUCAGACAUUCCUGCAACGUAGAUGGAAAAAAGAAUCAGAGUCUUGCUUAAACCGGGGUAGGGCCAGUUCUCCAUUCCGUGCCAAAUCCCAGACGAUGUUGAAUUAUGAACGUGCCACAUCAUGAGUCUCUUGUGGCAGGUAACUGUGCACCGUACCUGGAAUGCCUCCCUGCUUUUUGUAGUCUACCUCAUGGUACGAACGUGGAGUCUGUGUGCAGCUUCUGCCGGACCCCAGAGUUGCCCCUCAGUCUGUUCGUGCAGUAACCAGUUUAGUAAAGUAGUCUGCACACGCCGCAGUCUCAGGGAGGUCCCUCAAGGGAUCCCCUCAAAUACUCGGUACCUAAACCUGAUGGAGAACAAUAUUCAAAUGAUCCAGGCGGACACUUUUCGGAACCUCCACCACCUGGAAGUGCUGCAGUUGGGGAGGAACUCCAUUCGCCAGAUAGAGGUUGGUGCUUUUAAUGGUUUGACCAGUUUGAACACCCUGGAGCUGUUUGAUAACCGGUUAACAGUUAUUCCAAGUGGAGCAUUUGAGUAUUUGUCCAAACUGCGGGAGUUAUGGCUCAGGAAUAACCCCAUUGAGAGCAUACCCUCUUACGCUUUCAAUCGGGUGCCAUCUUUGAUGCGUUUGGAUUUGGGCGAGUUAAGAAAACUGGAAUAUAUAUCAGAAGGUGCUUUUGAGGGAUUAUACAACUUGAAAUACCUUAAUCUUGGAAUGUGUAACAUUAGAGAAAUGCCAAACCUCAACCCAUUAGUUGGGCUGGAGGAACUAGAGAUGUCUGAAAAUCAUUUUCCUGAAAUAAAACCUGGAUCCUUUCAGGGUCUUAAAUCUCUGAAAAAACUCUGGAUUAUGAACUCACAAAUCAACCUGAUUGAAAGGAAUGCUUUUGAUGACCUCACAGCACUGGUGGAAUUGAACCUGGCCCAUAACAACCUGACCUCUUUGCCCCAUGACCUUUUUUCACCCCUGAGAUACCUGGUUGAAUUACAUCUGCACCACAAUCCGUGGAACUGUGACUGUGACAUUGUUUGGCUUUCGUGGUGGCUGCGAGAAUACAUCCCUACAAACUCGACAUGCUGUGGCCGCUGCCACUACCCACCCUACAUGAGGGGCAAAUACUUAGUGGAGGUUGAACGGAGCACCUUCCAGUGUUCGGCCCCCUUUAUUGUGGACGCUCCUCGAGAUUUAAACAUCUCAGAAGAACGAGUGGCCGAGCUCAAGUGUCGCACGGCCUCCAUGUCUUCUGUUAGGUGGUUGCUGCCAAAUGGCACAAUAUUAAGUCACGGGUCAAAUCAUCCGCGAAUAUCAGUUCUAAAUGAUGGAACACUAAACUUCUCACGUGUGUUGUUAACGGAUACUGGGAUCUACACAUGCAUGGUCACCAAUGUGGCAGGAAAUUCAAAUGCCUCUGCCUAUCUCAAUGUCAGCACGGCUGAGCUGAAUACUUCCAAUUUGAGCUACUUCACGACUGUCACAGUGGAAAUUGUAGAACCAACAUCGGAGGACAUACCGCCGAAGAUCAAGGCAGUUACAACGCCUUCUACGGAAUACAAACCAGCAUUUAUAUCCACUCCUACUGUUCUGCUCCAGAACACCAAGAUGCCAAAACAGGUGUCAGUCCUCACUUCGAAUGGCACAGAAAGACCACCUGCCAGCUUGGAUGAGGUCAUGAAGACCACCAAAAUCAUCAUUGGCUGUUUUGUGGCAGUCACACUUCUUGCUGCUGUUAUGUUAAUAGUAUUUUACAAACUGCGCAAGCGACACCAGCUGAGGAGCACAGUCACUGCUGCAAGGACUAUAGAGAUUAUCCAAGUGGACGAGGAUGUUCCCACAGCAGCAUCGGCCACCGGUAUACCGGGAGAAGGGCCGGUUGUAUUACCCACCAUCCAUGACCACAUGAACUACAACACCUACAAACCAGCACAUGGGGUUCACUGGACAGAGAACAGCAUUGGCAACUCUCUGCACACCACGGCCAGCACCAUCACCACUAUUCAUGAGCCCUAUAUAAUACAAACUCACACCAAGGAGAAGGUACAGGAGACACAGAUUUAACAUUCCCCCUACCCUUUCCUCAUUAUAAAAUGCAAUAGAGUGCACAAAAAAAGGCAGCAACUUUUUUUGUACAGAGUGCAAAAUGAAGACUUUCUUGUAUAUGCUUAUAUAUAAAAAAUAAAAAUAAAACUACUAUGAGCUGGUAAGAGAAGCAGAUUAUAUAAUAAAUUUAAACUAUUUUCUAACUUGUAACUUAUAUUUAAAAACAAACAAAAAGAGAACAAGCUGUUAAGAUACUGUCAUGACAGAAAUGAGGGUGGACCUGUUUAAAAAGGCAUUCUGUAAUUUUUAGAUGAAGCUAUAUAGGAUGCAGUAAAAACCCAUUUAUACCGAGAAGUCUUUCUAAAAAGCCCAGAAUCAGUAUUUACAGGUUUACCUUGUAAAAGCACCAAUAAUUUGUACUGUGCCAAAUGUUAUAAAUGCAAUAAAGGAUUUUUUUUUUUGUUGAAAAAAUUAAAAAUGCAUUUUUAGAUCAAUUCUUGUAGUGUAAAAAAUAAGCAAGCAAGCCCAGAGAGAUCGGAGUAGCUAUCAGCCGAAUGGUUUCGGACUGCACCAUAUUUCUGCAGCUAUAACUUAACUCUCCAGUUGUCUGGUACAUUGUUUGUUUUUUUAACACUAAAAAAAGGCAAGGUCAGUUUUACUUUGGUCCAAACAAAACUUUUUUUUUUUUUUUUUAAUUAAAAUUAAGCACUGAAGUAAAGUGUGAUUUCUAAAGCAAAUGAAUUGUGGUUUCGUUUCAUGAUUUGGGAUUAACAGUAACAGAAAAGAAGAAAAAAAAAAGUAUUGACCAUGGCAUGCUGGCAUUCAUUGAAUUAGGACCAUACAGAACCUUUUUUUUUUUUUUUUUUUUUUAAUUUAAUUAAGACUGGAGCCAUUUAAUUAUUGGGUGAAAAUAACUGCAUUGGUAAUAUAAUGUCAAACAAGGGAAAGUACAGUAUAUCGUUCUAGCAGCUUGUUUCAUAAAAAUAAUUGUUCUGCAGGUUAACUUGGUAUUACUGAUGUGUCAGUUCUUGAAGAUGAUCAUGUUUCCAAUUGUUUAAGGCUGUGAAAAAUCCCUAGAUAACAUUUUAAAAGAUGGCUGGCUGGUUGGCAUUAUUGGGAUAUGAUCUCUGAAUGAUUCAAUGUAAAUAACUACAGUCCUUUCAUUUCAGGCAAGGAAAGCAAUUUAAAAUGAGAUCGAACUAAAGAAUGAUCAAAUUGUACGAAAUAAAAUAAAAUGUUCAAACUGACUGCAGUUUUACUCAAGGCAAUAAGACUAAAUUAGAAUUUGUAUUUUAUUAUUUUGACAGCCGUAUGCUCACGUACAGAAAAAAUGUGAAAUAAUAAAUUAGCAAUGGCAUUUGAGAUAUUAAUGCAAGUGUUAUAUAUAUUACUACUGUUCUGUUUUUGGUAUGUUAUAUUCUAUUUAUAAAUACCUUUAUACAAUUAUAAAAUGACACUCAAUACAAAUAAGCAUUUUCCAAAAACUGAAGUGUUUUUCUUCAACCAAAAGCAAAAUUAGAUAUUUAUGUAACAGCAAUUAUUAGGCUAAAUUUAAUCUGAGCUGAGUGUGCCCCACCCCCCUUCCACAAUUAUGGUAGUUAUGACAAAGGACAAUUAAACAAUUAUUUUGUUGUCCUUGUUAAUUCCAUGCAAUCUUUCACACUUUAGUAUUUUUUUUCUUUUCUUUUCUAUAGUACUGCAGACAGGAAUAAUGGUCACCCAGUUAACUAACCAGUGACAGAUCAACAUUGUUGUCUGCUAAAAUCAUGUUCUGAUGGAUUCAUUUUAGCUAGGGGCGCUUAAAACAUGCAUCCAUCAGUGGUGUUUUUUUUUUUUUUUGCAUUGUAAUACCUUCCUAAAAUGCAUACAUAAAAACAGAAGAGAAUGUUAUAUUGAAAAACUGUUUCUUCACAUUUGGAACAAAUGUACUAGAAUAGACUAUCGGCUCCAUUUAAUUUAGAAGUUUUUUCCAGUACAUGGUCAUAAUGUUGUUCUAUGGGAAUUAGUAGAACAACAAAUGGUACUUAUGGUACUUAGCAAUUGUUUGUCUGGAGGGGAUAAAAAACAAAACAAACACACACAACUUCUAUGCAUGAAGCAUCAAAUAGCAAAGCCAAAAGACAAGUCAACCUUACUCAAAGAAGAGUGCUUGCUUUAAAAUGUACUAAGUUAGUUGAAAUUCACAAAUCAAAGAACUCAGAUAUGCAUGCAUGAAUAAUGCAGCUUUCAACAGUCCUGUUCAAACACAGAAAGUUCUAAUAGAAACAAUUUGCUCUCCAUUUUAAUAUUGCUAAUUACUUCAGAUGAGAGAAGUGUGCCGAAUGGCAGCCACAGUGGAAUGCAGCUCUGCUCAGUAAAGAAUGUUAAACAGACAAGAGUCUGAUUACUAUUGAAUCUGUAACAGUUCACCAAUACUCACACUAAAAUUGUAUCCUUGAAUGAGAUUGUCCAAUGAAAGCAGAAGAUUUUAUAUAUUAGUUGGAAAUCAUUAAAAUUAAAAUAAUUACAUUGCUACAUUUAAAGUAAAAUAUUAGUAUUCACAUGAAAUGCUCAAGUUUGUCAAAAUUGAUUAAAACUACAAAAG